AUGAUCAUGGCAGACUCCCGGGAAGUUACAGACGUAGACCCUCCAGCUCAGAGUUCGCAGGAGCAGGAAGACCUCCUAAUAGUGAAGGUGGAAGAAGAAGACUGCACCUGGAUGCAGGAAUACAACCCACCAACAUUUGAGACUUUUUACCAACGUUUCAAGCACUUCCAGUACCACGAGGCAUCCGGACCCCGGGAGGCCCUGAGCCAGCUCCGGGUGCUCUGCUGUGAGUGGCUGCGGCCCGAGCUGCACACCAAGGAGCAGAUCCUGGAGCUCCUGGUGCUGGAGCAGUUCCUGACCAUCCUGCCUGAAGAGUUCCAGGCCUGGGUGCGAGAACAUCACCCGGAAAGCGGGGAAGAGGCUGUGGCUGUGGUAGAAACCAUACAGAGAGAACUUGAGGAGCACAAGCAACAGAUUGUUGCAUGUCCUGAAGUGCUGCCUCCGAAGAUGGUGCCACCAGGAGCUGUGCAGGAAUCCUUCAGCAAGCAGAUCCUAUCCAUGGACACCCAGCCCAGACAAGAGCCACAGCAACCUCAUCUUCUGGAAGAAAAUGCCCUUCCUCUUCUUCAAGUUCCUCCCCUUUCCUUGAAGGACAGCCUUAGAGACCAGGAGCUGACAACUUCACUUCUCUCAGCUGGGUCCCAGAAGUUGGUGAAAAUUGAAGAUGUGGCUGAUAUGGCUGUUUCCUUCAUCCUGGAGGAAUGGGGACAUUUGGACCAGUCCCAGAAGAACCUUUAUAGGGAGGACAGGAAGGAAAAUUAUGGGAAUAUUACUUCCAUUGAUUAUGAGUCCAGGAAUGACAACAUGGAACUCAUGGUAGAGCAGAUUUCUGAUGAAGCCGAGUCACAGUGGAUGACAUCAGGAAGCACUGAGAGGAAUGUGCCCCAGAGCCCAGAGUUUGCAGAAGUUACCUCAAACUUUAUUCAACAUCGGCGAAUCCACACUGGAGAAAAACCGUUUGAGUGUGGUGAAUGUGGGAAAAGCUAUAAUCAGCGUGUGCACCUUACUCAGCAUCAGAGAGUCCACACUGGUGAGAAACCCUAUAAAUGUCAGGUGUGUGGAAAAGCUUUCCGGGUGAGCUCACACCUUGUUCAGCAUCAUAGCGUGCACAGUGGAGAGAGACCCUAUGGAUGUAAUGAAUGUGGAAAAAACUUCGCUGGUAGUGCGCAUCUUAUUCAACAUCAGCGAAUCCACACUGGAGAGAAGCCGUUUAAGUGUGAUGAAUGUGGGAAAAGCUACAAUCAACGUGUGCACCUUACUCAACAUCAGCGAGUGCAUACUGGUGAAAAACCUUAUACCUGUCAUUUAUGUGGGAAAGCUUUUAGAGUGAGGUCCCAUCUUGUUCAGCAUCAGAGUGUCCACAGUGGGGAGAGACCCUUUAAAUGUAAUGAAUGUGGGAAAAGCUUUGGCAGGCGGUCACACCUUGCUGGACAUCUGAGACUCCACACUAGAGAGAAAUCCCAUCAGUGUCAAGAAUGUGGAGAAAUCUUUUUCCAAUAUGUUAGCCUAAUUGAGCAUCAGGUGCUCCACAUGGAGAUUCUGGAGAACCUGUCUCGGAUGAUGGGAGCUGCCUCACACAGGAGUUACUCCCUGCCCCAAGCCACAGCCAAUCACUGA